UGGUCGCGGCCGACGGCUCCAUGAGCGCUCCGUGGAAGUUUGGCUGAGGAGGCGCGUGCAGCGAGCAUGGGCACCGGGGAUUACAUCUGCGUGACGCUGCGUGGGUGCGCGCCCUGGGGAUUCACCCUGCGGGAGGGCGAGGGGGACACCUACAUACCAUUCCUGGUUUCACAGGUGGAGGAGGACGGUCGCGCCUUCCUGGCUGGAGUACAGGACGGCGAUGAGGUGGUGUCGAUCAACGGGGAGCCGUGUGCCGAUCUCACCCUCGCGGGAGCGUUUGCGCUCAUCGACGCUUCCAUUGACUGCCUGCAGUUGCUUGUUAAAAGAUACCACUCCAUCCCCGCUGAGGACUGUGAAUCAGAAGGUGAGAGGGCCUCUUCUGGUGAGCCUGUGGAGACCACCACCCUCCAUAUCUUCUCCGAAAAACAAAGGUCCCAGAUCCCAAGGGAACUCUACAUAUCUGAGUCCCAAAAUGACGCCUCCGAUGGAGAGUUUGACAGCAACACAGAACUCCAAAAGGGGCCGCAGCUACUUUGGACUCAACUUCAUCAUCCCUCGUCUGAAGAUGAAGAAGACCUGAAGCCUGAUUUUCAGAAAAACAGUGAGCAGGUGCUGGGGAGCUUCUCCCCCGGGGGCAUGGUCGAGGUCCAGGUGUCCUUUUCCGAUCAAACCUUGGAUGAUGUUGGUUGUACCUCUCUGGGGAGUGCCCAUGGGGUCGAGGGUGAACUCUCAACGAAGGAGACAGUUUGCAGUCUGCAUACCACCACGGCGCACCAUGUCCCGUCCUCUGUCAGAGAGCCGCUCGGCCAGCAUGGAGUGGUGGUCAGCUCCCCUUCCAUGCUGGGGCAGGUGGAAGUCAUUCUGCAGCAGUCGGUGGGAACAGGGAGGGGCACUGAGGCUGUGGGAGGCCCCAGGGUCAGUGAAAGUGUUGGCUCUCAAAGUGAAGAAGAAGAAGAAGAAGGAGGAGGAGGAGGGCACAGCGGGGGUGUUCCUGGGUCUUUUACGGUCUCAUUCGAUGUUCCCUCAGAGGAGGGGGCUCCAGCAGAAGAGCAGGACUCUGAUUCGGAGGGGGAUCAAGACAAACCCAACAAGCAUCGUGCACGGCACGCCAGACUCAGGCGUAGUGAGAGUCUGUCUGAGAAACAGGUGAAGGAGGCGAAAUCCAAAUGUAAACGUAUCGCUCUCCUUCUUACGGCUGCCCCAUCCAACCCCAAUAACAAGGGGGUUUUGAUGUUCAAAAAGCAUCGUCAGAGGGCAAAGAAGUACACACUUGUGAGCUACGGCACUGGAGAAGACGAGCCAGAGUACAGCGACGACGAGGACGAGGAAAGCGGAGACGACAAACCACAAAUCCCCACUAUUGAAUUCACCCUUGAAGCUCCCAACGGCUCUAUAGACAAGCAUCUUCUUCCUAAUGCCAACAGUAGCAGGGGUGUGCUAACAUUAAACUGGGAUAAGGGCCUCCUUGAAAUUGAGAGGAACUUGAACAAUCAAACUGAGAUGGAAUGUUUGCCAGAAACCAAGGGAAAGGGUGCAGUGAUGUUUGCCCAGCGGCGUCAAAGGAUGGAUGAGAUAUCCGCAGAACAUGAAGAGCUUAGGCGACAAGGGAUUCCUGUGGAAAGUGUGCAAGAGACAGAAAAGAAGAUAUUGGAACACUCCUAUAUGCAGGCCUCAACAGAGGGACAUGCCUACAUGGAUGUAAACAUGCACCAACAAAGUCAACAAAAUUAUCAGCAAUAUCAGGAACAGCAAUAUUAUGAGCAACAGCAGAACUACCAGCAGCAGCAACAGUACCAACAACAGUAUCAUCAACAGCAGCAACAGCAGUAUGAACAAAGUCAGUAUCAGCAACAGCAAAUUCAUCAGCAGCAGCAAAUUCAUCAGCAACAAGCAUACCAUCAAGAACAACAACACAUGCAGCAAUACUCUUCAAACAUCAACGGCACAGUCCAGCAUCAGAUGAAUGAAAUGCAGAGUUCUUUGAGCAAUCGCACUGCAAAGCCUUUCUCAGUUGGAAACAUGGCCGCUACUCCUUUCACUCUUGCAAUGAGUGGCACCAGUCAAGAUUCUGCGGGGCAAGGGGAGCAGAUAGCUUCCCGUGAUGAACGCAUCUCUACUCCUGCUAUUAAAACAGGGUUUUUGUCAGAUGCAAGGAAGAGGGGCACCGGCAAGCCUAUGUUUACAUUUAAGGAAGCCCCAAAGGUGUCACCUAACCCAGCAUUGCUGAACCUGCUCAACAGGAAUGAUAAAAAGGGUUUUGAGUCAGGACCUGAGGAGGACUACCUUAGUCUUGGAGCUGAGGCUUGUAAUUUCCUCCAGUCACAAAGACUUAAACACAAAAAUCCUCCACCAGUUGCUCCAAAGCCUGUGAUCAAUCCCAACUGUCCUCCUUGGUCCCCACAGAUGGAAGCGGCCACCCAGGACAUGCCUCAGUGUGCUGAAAAUAGUCUAUCCACACCUGCUGUAGCCCCCACCGCUGAGGCAAUUCCGACACCAGAACUAGAGCCAACCCCUGCCCCCGCACCUGCCCCAGAGCCCUCUCCCCCUCCUGCACCCCAGGAAACUCCCGCCAGCACAAUGGCAGAACAGCACACAUGGACUCCCCCAGAGCCUGAGUCUCAACAGCAGCCUCUACAAGCACCAGCUCAGGAGGCAAAUGGUCAUUUGAGUUCAACUCUGCAGCCCGAGCCUUCUCCUGUGACUUCUUGGGGUGAAAGUCAAGCUCAAGUUCAACAACAGUCAUCUUCCAGUUCUUGGCAGCAAGCUCAAGUGCAGCCCCAAGACCCACCUCCAAGACAGUCCCCAACACAGCCACCUUGGGUAACGCGCCAGUCUUCUCAGAACCAAGCACAGCUUCAACAGCCUACAAAUACCUGGAACCCACAAAUUCAGCCAUCAUGGGCUGAGCCUCGAGCGCAACUACAGCCUCAGUCACAGGUUCAACCAUCUUGGACACACCCUAAUGAGCAGCAACACCUGCAACAAAUACAGCCUACUUGGGGUCAAACUCAAGAACCAAUGCAGCAGCAACCCCAAAGCCCAUGGACACAGCAAUCACAAACAGACUCUCAACCACAACCACCAUGGGUAGAACAACCCCAGAAAAAAGCCCAAGCACAACCUCCUUGGGUCCAACAAGUCCAACCAGAGUCCCAGCCCCAACCACAAUGGGUCCAGCAACCACAGCAUCAGCCUCUGCCACAAUCAUGGUCACAAGCCCAAGCACCAGGUCAACCUCAACCUCCUUGGGUGACAGCUCAGCCUCAACAACAGCAGCAACCUUCAAUAAACGCAUGGCCUCCAACACAACCACAAGCUCAAGCUCAUGCUCAGCCACCUUGGAUCCAAGGAUCACAAGCACAACCUCAAGCACAUUCUCAAGCACAGCCUCAAGCCAGCUUAAAUCCAUGGGCACCAGUACCUGCCCAGGCUCAAUCGCAACCUCCGUGGGCUCAACCCCCUCCAGAACAUGGCCAGCAUUCUUGGGGCCAAGAACAAGCUCAGGCCCAGAGUCAGCCACCUUGGGUUCAACCAGCUCCACACCAGCCUACACAACAGUCAAACUGGCAACAGCCCACGUCAAACACUCCACCACAACCACCAAUGAAUACAUGGUCCCCAGCUCAAGCACAGCCCCAGACGUCUGUGAAUACUUGGACACCUUCGUCACAGCAAACACCUGUCAGUGUUCCAACCCCAAAUAUUCAACCUUCGCCAAAACCUUGGCAAGCACCUCAAAAUGCCCCACAAAACAGGGUUCCUCCUCCACCACCACAGCGAUUGCACUCUUUUACUGUUGGUCAAAGAGUUUCAUCUCCUGUCAACCCAAUGGCCACCGUCUUAAACCCAUCAUCUGCAGGCCCUGCUUUUGAAAUGCCAGUCGUCCGAGGGAAAGGAGCUGAUAUGUUCGCCAAAAGGCAGUCUCGCAUGGAGAAGUUUGUUGUCGACUCUGAGACUGUGGAAGCAAACAAGGCAAGCCGUUCAACGUCGCCAGCUGCUUCCUUACCGAAUGAGUGGAAAUAUACUCCAAAUGUACGUGCUCCACCUCCACGAGCAUAUAAUCCUAUCCAGUCACCAUCUUAUCCCCCAGGAGCAACAAAGCAGCCUCCUUCAAGUAGCCCUUCAACCAAAGCAAAGAAAAACAAAGAGAAACAGAAGCCUGCCCCUAAACCCCUUAAUGUUAUAGAUGUUAUGAAACACCAACCCUAUCAGCUCAAUUCUUCACUCUUUAUAUUUGGCCCAGAGGCUGCCAAGCCUCCUGCACCCAAACCAAGCUCACCUCCAAAUCCACCUUGUGAUAAUCAACCAGUUGAAUAUGAGCAAAUGGCACCCGUCCAGCCUACUGGACCAUUUAGUGGCCCGUACCCUCAACAAGGCUAUGGCAUGCCAAUGCAGCCCAUGAUGCACGAUGGGCACUAUCAGCAAAACCAGCCUAAUAUUUACCCCAACCCAAAUCCUUAUCAGCAGCCUCCUGGUGUUCCAUACCAGCAAGCGUAUAACCAACCUUAUCAACAACCGGCUCCUCCAGCUUAUCAUCCCCAAGCCCCUCAGUCCCCAAAUGGUCUUUACCAACACCCGCAGGCAUUACAGGCUGCUUACCAGCCAGCCCAAAGUCCUCCCUAUCUUGCAACUCCCUCCGUACCUUACCAGCCACAGCCCUCCAGUAACUAUGUCGCUCCUAGUUUCCCUGUGGCUGCGAGGCCCGACUCUGCAUCUGGUGGUAACACUGCAGCUGCUGCUCCAAAGCCUAAGUUCACAGCUAAAAAGAGCUCAGCUCAGGUGUGGAAGCCCACAGCAGCUGAUAAAGAGUGAUUCUCAUAGAAUCAUGACUUGCCACCUUGAAUCAAAGGGUUUGUGCUCCUAAGGUCUGCUGACACGUGGAUUAUUUUGAGCCCAUUAAGUUUUUUCUUGCGGUGACUAUGUGCUCUGAUUAGUUUUAUUGAACAGAGUUUAUCUUUUUUGAAAGCCAGACUAAAAGGCAUCACUGGCACAUUUAAAAUUGAUAUAGGAUGUAAGUAUAUUUAUUCUAACAUUAAAAGAGUGGAUUGCUAAGACUUUUAUUGAAAUUUUUGCAAAUUUAUUGAAAAUAUUCUAAAGUUGAUGGUUCGGAUGAAUGUAGGGAAGCAUAGAACUCAUUAUGGAAAGAAAGACGAGUGGAAAAAAUAGAAAUUAAAAGAAGCGUACUUGAUGGAUAAAAUGGAAGUUGAUUUUAUUUUUUAGAAAGAAGAAAAUAUUAAAUAGCUCCUUAUAUCAAAAGUCAGAAACGAAUAAGGACAAAGUAGCUACUGAAAUAUAUGUUUUUUAAAAGUUCUAUGAAGUUAUUGUUGAUUGUGGGAAGGUUGAUGGGGCUGUAAAAAUUCUGAUCAAACAGCUACAUUUUAGCUUAGUGAUGAUGUAGGAAGUGAGUUUUGGCCCAUUUUUAGGACAUAAAUUAUAGAAGUUCUGUUUGAAACAGGGAACUGCUCGCCUGUUUGAACACACAAUGUUUGACUAGUAUUUUUUCUUCAGUGCCUUUCUUGACUUUUAUUUUCAUAUCUCCUACUUAAGCGGGUUAGUUUUAUUUUAAGCUUUUUACCAGCUGUUGCAUCAUGUUAGGCACUAUAUUUAAACUGCCUCAUGAGAGGGAGUACUGAGGUCCAGACCGUCAGCUUAAAUUUCAACUCAAGCCAGUAAAAGUUACUACCUUUAAGGCCUUCAUACUUUUAUCUUCCUGAAUAAAGCAUAAAGCCCAUAUCGAUGCUGGGACAUUUUUCAUGGCUCUUUUACUGAUACUGAUGUUGUAUGUAUAUGGACAAAUAAGAUUUAUGGAAAGUAUAACCAACCUGGAAAAAUAUAUUUUUGGUACAGGGCUACUUUUAUUCUUUGUGUUUUUUUUCCCCUUCCUUUCCCUUUUUCUUUGUGUGUUUCUUUCUAUAGUGCACUUUCUGUAUCAUUCACUGCAGUGCCAUUAAACUGUCUUUCAUCCUUGUUUGGUUUUCUUUCUUUUGUCCUUUAAAGCAUGCUUUCAGGGUUUCUUCUAUUUUCUGUCUCCUUUCAUCCUGCUGAAUUUCACUACUUCUGCACACGUACCUGAAGUGCUGACAGUUAUUGUAUAUCAGCCCUUCACGUAACACUUUUGUCAAUUUUUUUUUACACUCGCAGGUUCAAAACAAAAUCAGUUUUCAGCAGUAAAAUUAGAAACUGUCCAUACUCCAUAAAGAACAUGUCAGUUAUCAGCCAGGUACAACUCAUUCUCCAAAUGAGCUACUUUUCUAGCCGGUGAGGUGAGUGCUUGUCAAGCACAUUCCUGCAGAAUGACUACCUGAUGAUGCAUUUUUGAAGGGUAUUAUUAGAUUCCUGACUUUGUUGUGACCUCAUUGGUUAAUUCUGGACAUGGGAGAAGCAAGUGGGCCCCUUCCUGCUGAAAUGUAUAUCCAUGUUGUCAUGCAUUUUCCAAACGGGCAGUGAUUUGUUAAGUGGACGUUUUAAUAUCAAAUGGUGCUUUGAGUUGACAGAUUUUUUGCAGCUAUAUCUGGAGAAAAUCGAUCCCCCUCACGACGUCUUGGACUCAUUACGUCUUCAUUUCAUCCCUUCCUGUUUUUCAGUUUGCUCUCAUGACAGUUUCACAUUGUAAUGUUUUUCUUACUAAUUUGAUUUAAACACAUUUCUAAAUUCAAAGCUGUAUAUUUAUAUGUAUGCAUUUAUAGCACACAUAUUAAAGCUUCAUGGAGUGAUAAACAUGCGCUGACACAACAAAACAUCUAAAACUUAUUACUGUAUAUUAUUUCAGUUUUAAUCUGAAGAACGUAUAAGGCAGUGCGCUUUACAUAUAAAUAGGCCCUAUGACUCGCAAAUGCACUUUUUUAUGGACUUGUACCCCUGGCCAUGCCAUAAAUCUCCAUAAACAGGGCUGUAACAUGCCUGCUUAUGUGGCCUAUUUCCAACAUCUGUUCCUGAAUGAAAAUCUCUCUAUGCAAAACAUUAUGAGCACAAUUUAUAUUGCUCUGCAGCUUUUGUAAGAUAUACUGUGUGGUCUUCUGCUGAACUGGAGUUUGCAUUUACAUAAACAAUGCAGAAAUAGAAUCAUCUAGAGAAUCUGCUUAGUCUGAAUGAAAACAUGCCCUCAGAUUGUCUAGUCAUCUGCUCAUACAUUUAUCAAGGUAACACUGUUGAGAACAUUUGCAGGUUACCUAAUGCCUGAGUCAGCCAAAACUCAAGUCCUUUUUGAGUCAUCAAGCAUUUAUUCCUUUCAUGAAUGCACUCUGUUGUACUCUCUGUCACCUUUGCCUCAUUGCGCCAUAUGUUGAUGGUUCACAUCUUCCACCAGAUGAUGGCAGCACUGCCUUUCCUGCAUGUCAGCCAUUCUCAACAGACUAUUUCUCACAUUGGACACUACUUGAGCUGUUGCUUUUUUUCCCCCGCUCUUUGCAUUCUUGGUUUUCAAGGGAAGUCUUUUAGUCUUGAGCACUUUGCUCUUCUCGUGUUUUAGCUUAAUGUGUUGCUGUCCCACUAAGCAGAUCUCAUAAAAAGC